UUGCUUGAUCUCACUUCAAAACGGGGGCAAUUCAUUAAAGGCGGUUUUUGGGUCCGAAAUCCUGUGAUAUCAUGUUCGGAAGAUUUUAGCAGGACUGAAGUAAACUGCCUUCUGUAUGUCGGUAGAAAGGCCGGCCAUUAUCCGUUCAUCAGUCACCUAAAAGUAUUCGAGCGAAGUUCCUUUACGCCGUGCCAUGAUGCAAAUGAAAACAGCUUUUACAAAUCUCAUCUUUGCGUUGCUGAUGCUGUUUGGUUAUGGAGUGAUGCCAUCAUUUAACUGCCCACCGAAAUGUGGAUGUGAACAAAAAGCGAAUGGUUAUUCAGUAAACUGUGCGAACCAAGGAUUGAAAACGCCAAUAAACCCUAAUGAUCUGCCGGACGACACAUUCGAACUCGAUCUGUCAGAUAAUGCGAUACAGACGAUCAAAAACAAUGCCUUCAAAAGGAAAAAUCUCACAAAAAUAAAGCGAUUACUUUUGUCUGGCAAUGAACUAGAAAAGAUCGAACCAGAUGCGUUCUCAGGGUUGAACAGAUUAACAAAGCUUGAUCUUAGUCACAACAAAUUAUUCCUCCUGGAUGAAGCUGUCUUUAGGAAACUGAGGAAUAUUAGAAUAAUUGAUGUUUCAAACAAUCACAUGUUCAAGCUAAAUAAGACUCAAUUUUCUGGUUGCAAGAAUCUUAGGAUAAUAAAUUUAUCUUCCAACAGGCUGACUCUCCUUCCUGAAGGAUUAUUUAACUCACUUGGUAACUUACAAAAAAUUGACCUUGAACUUAAUCCUUUGAUCUGUGACUGUAACCUGAAAUGGAUGGUGAAAUGGAUUGCAAAAAGUAGGCCAGACAGACGAUCAUCUAUUAAAGGCACUUGUGAGGACCCUGUUAAGCUGAGGGACAAAACAAUUGCAAGUGUUAACAAGAAGGAGAUGAUAUGUGAUAAACAUGCAUUAAAAACCAUGUCAUUUGGUCCGCAAGGAGAUCAAAUUGCUUUCAAUGGUGACAGUUAUUCCUUUGAAUGUAACUCAUCUUGGAUUCCUGGCACACAGUUAAGUUGGUACAAGAACAAUAAACCAGUCACUAAAGACAAACGGAUAGGCAUUGAUUUGAAGCGUGACCAUGACAAACUUUUACUUUCAUCUGUUUUGCACAUAAAACAACUUACUGUGGAAGAUGGGGGCCAUUACAGCUGUAAUGUUACAAACAAAGGAGGCUAUCUGCAUAUUUGGACAUCACGUCUCUCGAUAAUUCCAUCUAAUGGUAAAUUCUGCAGAGCAGUUACCACAAAGAAUGAACGGGGAACAUUUCACUGGCAUCAUACAGCUGCUGGGGGUAUUGCCUUCUUGCCCUGCCCUGUUGGUGUAAGGAGCAGCCUGAUAGAUGGUAUGGGAGAUAAAAUCAUGGCCAGAAGAAAUUGCUCAAGAGAAGGUGUCUGGAUGCCUGUAGAGGCACAGUCAUGUGCUCAUGCCAGUGAAAUAACUCGUGCUUUGUAUGAUUUAAAACAGAAAACAGUUAACGAGACAACAGUUGAAUCUGUCAGCGGGAAUUUACUGAACAUAUCAAGACGAGCUAAGGAAUAUACAGAUCCACUGGAUGUUGUAUAUACUGCUGACAUUGUGAAGAAUUUGGCACAAGUCAUUGGAGGAGAUAAAAAACUUGGUGAAAAUUUAGUUGGAACCAUCAGUAACAUGAUGGACGCUGAUACGUCAUUGUUACAAGAAGCUCAGAGGAGGUCAAAGUCUUGUUCAAGCAUGGUGCUUCGUGUGGGCUUACUGGCGACAAGAUUUCCUUUGGACGUUUUAUCACAAUUUGACGUGUCCUUCUUGGCAAACAACUUAGCAGUACAUGUUGUGCAAACCUCACCCCUCGAUGUUUUAGGCAAAAUGUGUUUUGUGACGACAGACAAGAACUCCAGAUUGCUGCGUGUAAAUUGUAUCUCAUGUGAAUACAAUAAGUCAUGUACUAAGAAACCGAUGACAGACACCUCCAUAUACCUUCCUCCAUCGCUCUUUCUGCAAAUCCGAGCUGGUGUAAAAUUUCAGUUUAUAAUCUAUGCCAAUAGUAAACUUUUCCCAGAACUUUCCAAUUCAAGUGGUGUUCAUACCAGGAGAGAGGUGUCUAGUAGUGUGAUGUCAACACAGUUUGAGGGGAUUCAAUUGACGAAUUUUUCUCACCCUAUUAUCAUGGAAUUCAAAAAUCAUCAGAGUGGUGACGAACCUACGCCAGUUUAUUGGGAUCAUGGUGGCAAUGAUGGACCUGGAAGUUGGAAAGAGAAUUCUGACUGCAACAUGGUUUCAUCUCAAGGCAACUAUACGAUCACAGAGUGCUCUCAGCUUUCUAGCAAGGACUACUUUGCUGUCAUGAUGACUAUGAAGACACCAGCGGUCAGUGCAAUCACUGAUGACGAAUGGACUGUGGUGCCAUUUUCCAUAGAGAUCGUUGUGUUCGUAGGUGCUGGAAUCUCUGUGCUUCUCCUCCUUGCUACGCUGAUAGUGUAUGCACUGAUACGCGAUUUGCGUUACGACAGAGAUGAUGCGGCCAUGUUAAUGAAUCAGUGCCUCGCUCUCAUUGUCUCUAUCGUAGUGUUUGUCACGGGAAUCAAUCACGUGACCAAUGUACUGGUGUGCCGCUCUGUUGGGAUUGUGUUGCAUUAUUUCCUGCUCAGCUCAUUACUGUGGAUCGGCUGUAGUGGAGUGUGUCUUCACAGACUGAUAAGAACUGCUAUUGAGCCUGAGGAAUACAACCCUGUACUGAGAUAUUAUAUGAUAAGCUGGGGUAUACCACUCAUUAUUUGUGGAAUUACUACCGCCGGUAACCUUGAUAAUUACAAUGUUGACGACUAUUGUUGGUUGAGGCUACAUCCCUUUUAUGGAGGAUUUGUGGGUCCCGCAUGUUUGAUUGUGCUCAUAGAUUUGUUCGUAUUCCUCCGCGUGUACAAUCUAAUGAAAAUUGCAUAUGAAACAACAGUUGCACUGCAAACCAGUCAAGAACACGAUGCUGAUAUCACAGCAGAAGAAAACGCGCUCGUCAUUCAAAGUGAACCUUUGGAAAAUCCGGAUGAGGUCGGUGAUAACGUGGACAAAUCAUCUUUGCCAGAUAAACACGAAAUGCUUGAUCAACUAAGGGGAAGCUGUAUUAUUUUAUUGUUCAUUAUCGCCAGUGUGGUUGGAGGAGUCUUCAUGAUUCGUUACCAACAUUCCCGCACCUGGUACGUUAUACUGAGUUGCGUGUUUGCGUUGGCUCUGAUUAUUUUGGGGUUCCUUGUCUUCGUAUUUUACUGUUACAGAAAGGAAAAGACUCGACUUUUCUGGAAAAAGUAUUGUUGCAAAUGUCAGUGCUUACCGAAAAAGGAAUAUCACUUACAACAAGAAAGUCCUCAAGCCUGCUCCUCUGAUGAAACUUCAUCGGCUAAAACGGCAGCUGAAACCGGAAAUGGAGCCGCAGCAGAAUUCGCUGGGGGUGAAAUUCAUGGUGCUAAAAAUCCUCUCUCGCCAGAUGAAGAUUCCCAGUCAAAUGUGUCCUUGCCGUAUUCAGCAGUCAUUACCAUCGAAAAGAAAGAUUGUGUAACGGCAAAAGAAACUGAUGCUCUAACUGACAAAGCACCAUCGGUGUCAGAUAAACAGUCAUGUAUCUCUGCUCCUCUUCCUCAGCCACACAAACCCCGAGGGCGGCUUCUUAAGCAUCCGCCAGGACAUCGACACAGCUAUAGUGGAAACGUCCGUCUUCCUAUUUCACAAGACGAUCGUCGUGCACCUCUCGCCCCACCUGAGGGGACAGCAAGCUCCGUAGAAUCAAGUGUUCAGCUGCCUACGGACACUGCCUCUAAUGCUGCUCCAUCUGAAGGCCGCACAUCAGUACGUGACGAACAAGUCUGUGUGGAGCCUGUGUCACGCAAUGCUAACACGUCUUGUUCAGCAUCUGAAGCGUCUGUUCCAAUAGAAAUUCCGCCAAUGAAAAGGAGACCUCCAGUCCCCGGAUCCUCUUCUCAAGGCUCUGACGUAGCGCCCCCAAUUCCAUCAAAGAGAAAUCGAAGUCCGCUCCCUGGUGUUCAAGCAGUCCCCACAUCAGCAUCUGACACUCAAGAUCUCCUCACUCAUUAUACAAUUCCAGAAACCACAACCAGCAUCCCGCGUGACAUCCCACGUGAUCAUGUCGUAGUGCGGGAACGGUAUCACAUUCCAUAUGAACCACGGGCAUUUUCGGAAAAACCACGUGACCAUUACCAAAUACUUCCUCUUCCCACGAGCAGGAGGGAUCAUUACGUAUUACACCCAGGGCACGAUCAAUAUCAAGGCCCACGAGGGCAAAAUUUCGGUCAUAACCCACACAAUCAGUUACAAGUAUCACCUGAUCAUUUCAAAAUACCCGAGGAUCAGAAUUUGGAUCCGAGAACUUUUAAUGUUAACCAAAUACCAAGUCAGACCCAAGGCCAGACCUUUUAUCACCUUGCACGUGAUCAAAGUCCCGCUCACAAGGUGCACGACCUUUAUCAGAUGGCACGUGACUUGGCAUCUUCUCCCAGGGCAUAUGAGAAUUAUCAAGUGCCUCAAGAUAAUGUGGGGCAAAGGUCACAUGAUCAGCCGCAGAGGUCACUUGAACUUAGUCACAUACCUAUCGACCCCAGUAAGCCACCAGAGCUAUAUCAGGGACCUCGUGAUCACAUACCACGAGACCAGCCGCCAGCUGAUCGACCUUACGACCACCUUCCAGUUCCACUCGAGCAAAACCUUGUCCAUAGUGAUUCAUCACAGAAAGGAGGCGAACAAAACAUGGCACAUGACAACAUUCAUGGACCAUCGCCAGAACCCGUCGAAAGAGCGCACGAUCAAUAUGCUGGAGAAGGACCGCGUGAGCAACCUCAGGCGUUACCAUCCAGUGAAAUUUCAACAACCGCGGAUACAAGACCAGACGUCCCAAUCGAUAAAAAUGGAGUCAGGUCUCAAAAUGCUCCACGAGGCUCUCGUGAUAAGCCGAACGGAAUACAUGUCUCUCGUCGGAGGUCACGCAAUCCUUAUCAAAUUGCGCGUGACAUACAUCAUAAUCUUGGUAUUGAAACUAGAACAUCACGUCGGUCAAACCGUGCAGGAGCCGAACAACGAUCACAAUCUCGUAAAAAUUACGUCAAAGACGUACUAUCAAGCCCAGGCGAAACGCCAAAAGAGCGAACUCCGCGGUCAUCCAUGUCUUCGUGGCGAGAAGAGCGACCUAAGCCCGCAAAGAAAGAGUGGGCCCCUGAUAUACCAAAAACUGCAGUAUUUGUACCCAUUCCGCACCUGAAGCCUCCUACGCCUGAAAAGCCUCGCAAUGAAACAAGUGUUUGAGCUAUGCUAUUGUUAUACACAGUAAGCUCAAGGUUAACUAUCGGUGGUGGAAAACUGAAAACGUUUCUCCGACAGAGUUUCCCAUGCACCUAUGAAAGUGCAUCGAAGGGUUAAACUGAAGGAAACAGGCUCGCUACACAGUGGAUCAGUUAACGUAACGAGUAUUUUGUUCUAAUUCCUCAUUUGAACAAGUAUGUCGGGCGGUGAUGAAGGUCAUGCAAAAUUAUUUCUAGUUCGCAAGAAAACUUAGUUUCAGUCAGACUUGUUCCAUGUAGUAUUGGUCUCAAUCUGAACCUGGGAAUAAUACCUGUCAGUAGCAAUCUACUAGCGACAUAACAUAGUUGCUUCAAUCUGAUUGGUUUUGCUAUUCGCAAUGUAUAAAAAAAUAGAUCUAUUUGCCCGCGUCUGUGCAGUAAAAGAUUAAAGAUGACGUCAAAGUGUGGCAAGAACAAAAGACAAAAAAGUAAAGGGGGUUGGUUUCUUAAGAAACUGUGGCACUGCGUCGGUUGGAGAGUAUAACAAGGUAAUUUAGUGUCAUCAACUGAGUUGAAAAUGUAAAUUGGCCACCGUAAAGAGUUUAAAGGCUGACGUUUCGAGCGUUAGCCCCUCGGCAAUCGCUCUGACGGAGGGCUAGUACUCGAAACGUCAGCCUUUAAACUCUUUACGGUGGCCAAUUUACGUUUUCAACUCAGUUUAUAACACUAAAUUACCUUAAGAACAAAAGAAAUGGCACACGGGGUGCAGCCGAGUGUGUCAUUGAUGUUGUUACCGCGUCUUAUUUUGCUCGAGAAUUAAGAUAGAGGUAUUACGAGGUAUAUAGGUGCGAAGUGUCGAUAUGGGGCCUAUGUAUCUUCUCUUAUAGUAGUCAGUGCUAGCUUUCACCGAUGUAUCGGUUUGUUUUGUUCAGAUUUUUAUGCUUGUGUUCAUAAGCGAGUGUUUUAAGCUGUUAAUAGGCGUGUCGUGAAGUGUUUUGGAAAGUACUUCGUUGUUUGGAAAUAUAUUUUUUUAACAAGUUAAGAGCGUCAGUCAGAUAAGCGGCGUGUGUAAAUCAUAGACUUGUUUGAGGAGUGUCUUUCAAUGAAGUGGUAACGUUAGCGGACAGAACGGAGUCUGAUUUGACAGUUAGGUGUUUCGCAUGUUGAAUCUGCGUUUGAAUGUUUAAGGAGAGAAACUAUCCUCUCUCUUAGUGGAGAGAUAUUUUCUUUUCUUUAAGUAUAACGAUUGUAGAAACACAAUAAAUUAUGAGGAGCAACCAGUUAUCUAUUACUUGUACGCAUUGGUGUUCGAGAAAACCGCGAGAAUUAUCUAUCAAAUGUUACAAGUAUUCACUUUGUGAAAAAGUGUGUCAUUAAAUGCUUUUUUAUUUCAA